AUGCUAAGCUCCACUUCACAAAUUCCCAUUCUAUGCCUACUGCUAUUAUUUCUGCUAUCUACAACAAUAUUUCAAACAUGCAAUAGUGCACAGCCUGGUAAUUGUAAUGAGAAGGAUCGAUCCGCGUUGCUCAACUUCAAACUUGGUGUGGACACUCCUUCCUCCAAUACGCUUUCCUCUUGGUCCAUCAAUGAAAAAGACUGUUGUUCAUGGAAAGGAGUCCAAUGUGACAACACUACGAGAAGAGUUACAGCACUUGAUCUUCACCAACAAUACUUGGAAGGUGAAAUCAACUUGUACUCUUUGUUUCAAAUUCAAUUUUUGACUUACUUGGACUUGAGCUUUAAUGGCUUUACAGCUCUAAAUCAUUUGCAUGGUUAUAGUAAUAAUAACUUGUCUAAUAAUAUUCACUACCUAGACUUGUCUUUUAAUCGUGAUCUUCACUUGGAUAGUCUUCAUUGGCUUUCCAAUUUUUCUUCAUUGAAAUCUCUCAACCUCAGUCAAAUUAACCUUCAAAAUCAAACAAACUGGCUUUAUUCCAUUGAUAUGUUGCUGCCUCCAUCACUGUUAGAGCUGAGAUUGUCAAGUUGCCAUUUGACCAAUAUCUUUCCAUCCACUAAGCAUGUGAGUUUUACUAAAUCCCUUGUAACCCUUGAUCUCUCUGCAAACUAUUUUGAUUCCGAAUUACCUGCUUGGCUGUUUGAUCGCGGUGGAGAUAUGAAUAUCAUGCAUAUUGACCUUAGCUUAAAUUUUUUACAAGGCCAAAUACCCAAGAGUUUGUUAAGUUAUAGCAAACUUGAAUCUUUAAGGUUGAGUUACAAUGAACUAAAUGGAUCGAUUCCGGGUUGGUUAGGACAACAUCAAAAUUUAAAAUAUCUCAGUCUAGUCGAUAACUUGUUCCACGGUUCUAUCCCUUCAUCUCUUGGAAAUCUCUCAUCCUUGGUCGACUUAGGUAUUAGCUCCGAAUUUCUGACUGGUAAUAUUCCAACAAGUAUUGGAAAACUCUUUAAUUUGAAGAGUUUGUUCAUUGGAGGAAAUUCUUUGUCAGGUGUUCUAUCUGAAAAACAUUUCUCCAAACUCUCUAAUUUAGAAACUCUAUUCUUGGAUGCAACAUUUUCAUUUGAUCUGGAUUCUAAAUGGAUUCCUCCAUUUCAAUUGAAUGGGUUAAUUUUAAGUCAUACAAUUCUAGGUCCUAAGUUUCCAGCAUGGAUACAUACACAGAGGUCAUUAGAAUAUCUUGAGUUUCCUAACUCUAGAGUUUCAUCCGUUGAUGGAGACACAUUUUGGAGAUUUGUGGCUAAUAUUACAGAAAUCAACAUGUCCCACAACAACAUCAGUGCAGACUUAUCAAAUGUCACGCUAAACUCAGAAAUCAUAUUUAUGAACGAUAAUAACUUAGGAGGAGGGCUCCCACGUAUAUCAGAAAAUGUCGUCUUUUUGGAUUUGCAUGCAAAUUCUUUUGCAGGAUCCAUUUCUCCUCUGAUCUGCCACAAAAUAGGUAGGGAAAACAGUUUGGAUUAUUUGAGUAUUUCAUAUAAUCUUUUAACUGGAGAAAUUCCUGAUUGUUGGGAGAAUUGGAAAGGCUUAUCUUUCCUUCUCAUGGAGAGUAAUAUGCUGACUGGUGAACUUCCUCCAUCCAUGGAAUCAUUGAUCGACCUCCUAAUACUGGAUUUGCAUAACAACAGCCUGUCUGGUGAUUUUUCAUUGGACCUGUCAAACUUAACAAAUAUGGAAUUCAUUCAUAUUGGAGAAAACAAUUUCUCGGGAGCUGUACCAGUGAAAAUGCCUCAUGGUAUGGAGCUGAUGAUAUUAAGAUCCAACAAGUUUGAAGGACCAAUUCCUACCUGCAUAAAUAAAUUCCGCAGCAUGGAUGGAGCAGAGAAAACGACUCAUUAUCCAUUUGAGUUCAAUUUGUAUUUUAAAGGGCAAGAGUUAGAGUAUCAUGACUAUGGAUUAUUGAGAACUCUUGACUUUUCAGCUAACAGCUUAUCAGGAAAUAUAGCAAAAGAGAUUGGAAACAUGAAAAACUUGGAAUCUCUUGAUCUAUCUCAGAAUAAACUUGUUGGAGAAAUUCCUGAUACCAUUUCAGUUUUGUCAUUCUUAAGCUUCUUGAAUUUGUCAAACAAUAACCUUGUUGGACAAAUCCCAGUCGGCACUCAGCUUCAGAGUUUUGAUAUUUCUUGCUAUGCUGGGAAUCCUGGACUGUGUGGAGCUCCUCUAGCAGUAUGUUAUCAUGAGCCAAACCCAGAUGAAGGACACAAUGAUACUGACAAGGAGGAUUCUUUUAGACAGUCACUCUACUUUGGGAUGGGUGUUGGAUUUGCAGUGGGUUUCUGGAGUAUUUGUGGUCCUGUAUUCUUCAACAGGACUUGGAGGCACACUUAUUUCCGGUUCCUUUCUACGAUCUUAGACAAACUUCAUGAGUUUGUGGCUGUAAGAUCUUCCAACUAA